AUGUUUGACAAUGAAGUCAGCGUUUGGCUCUACAAUGCGGCAAUGCAAACUCCACCGAUUGGUGAGUUGACGCUUGUGAUUGCAGACGCGUUUCGUCACGUGGCUCCUUACGUGCACAAACUGGCCUCACUUGACGCCAAUCGGAUUGAUGUACUCAUGGUGAUCGCCGAGUCAUUUAACUCUCCAAAUAUUCGCACCGUCAACUUCUCACAGGGAGCGGUAGGUAUGGAGAAGGUACGGCCUAGCACACUGUACUUUGCUAGGCUGGAUGCAGUGAAGGACAAGACCAAAGUGUGGUAA